AUGAGUCUAGAUAAUGCUAAUGAUAUUGUUCAAUGGAUUGAUAGACCACAAACAAGAUAUUUGAAUAUGAAUAUUAUCAAUGAUGUUAAUGUUCAUGAUAUUUAUCCCAGUCAUUCAAUUACAUUAACACUAAAUACAGAACGAUUUAUACUUGUUGGCAAAAAGUCAUCAUCGACCUCAGCUAAUAUUGCUGUUAAUUUUAUUAUUUCAAAUCAAAUACAUCGUAAAGAAUUAAAGAUCGAUAAGGUAGAUUCAACAUGUGAAAAUUAUGGAUUAUUACGACGAUUAUAUGCUAAACAAAUGUUAAGUGAAUUAAGUGCAUUUCCAGCAAAAAAUAAAAAGCGUAUUUUAGACAUUGGUUUGAAAUAUUCACUUGUAAGUAAUUUUAUAUCGAUACUCGUCCUAGAAACAUUACAACAACAUAUCGAACAUAAGAUAUAUCCACAUCAAUCACGUAGAAAAUUAUAUAACGAUUAUAUGACUUGUCAAAAUAAUAAAAAACAAGAAGAAUUAACUCAAAAUCAAUCAAAACUAACAGCUGUCUUGAAUUUAUGGCAAACACUUUGCAGUUGUACUAGUUUACAAACAGCUUAUCAAAUUUAUUUAAAUGAACGUCAAUCAUAUUCUAAAUCACCAUCAUUUUAUUUUGACAUAGCAUCAUAUUUUUUCUUACAAGCUCGUUCUUCAAAUUCAAAACAAUCAUCAAUUGAUGCAUUUAAUCAAUAUUAUGCACAAUCAAAUUGUAAUAUUUCAAAUGAAUAUCAAUAUAUUGGUUUACGUAUUCUUACAAAUGUUUUAGAAUUAGAAUUGGAAUCAGUACAAUUAUUACGAACUGUUGCUUAUAAACUUGUUGAAUUUGGUCUUUACAAUUUAGCUGAGAAUAUUUUUCGACAUAUUGUAAAUUUGAGAUCGGACGAGCCACAAUCAUUUCGAGAUCUAGCAUUAUUAUUACAAGAAUCUGAUUCUGAAACAAAGAACCUUGUAGAAAUAUCAGAUCUAUUUAAGAAAGUUAUAUUUGGUGAAUGGGAUAAACGUUAUUCAGAAAUUGAAGUUACAACAUUCCAUGAAUUGAAUUGUUUCAUAUUUCAAUUUCAUCAACAACAACAAAUAUUGAAUUCGAUUGACAAUCGUCUUAUUCGUCAUUUAUCUGUUGACUUAAGAAUUGUUAUGGUUUGGAAUACAAAUGAUACAGAUAUUGAUCUACAUGUCAUCGAAUCGACAGGUGAAGAACGUUAUUAUUCUCAUAAAAACACAGCUAUUGGCGGUAUGAUAAGUCGUGAUUUUACACAAGGGUAUGGAUCAGAAGAAUAUCUUGUUCGAAAGACAGUCAAAGGUACAUAUAUAGUUCGAGCAAAAUAUUUUGCUAAUCAUCAACAAACUCCAACUGGUGCAACGACAAUCAUGGUACUUAUUUAUAAAUAUUAUGGACAAUCAAAUCAACAAAAAGAAAUUGUUACAUUAUGA